AUGAAGUGUGUUCGCGUCAAUAUUGAUAAUUUUGAUGAAGAAACCCGCAAAGCCGUUGAAACGAAGCAACCUGUUUUCGUUCUCUUCUUCGGUACGGAGGAUCCCGAAACUUCUGAAUCAUGGUGCCCUGAUUGUGUCAUUGCCGAUCCUCGUAUUCGUAAGGCCGUCUCUACUGUUGAGAAUUCUAUUUUACUAGAAGCGCCGGUUGGUGGCCGUAACGAUUGGAAGGGAAACGCUGAUCACCCUUAUCGUGUCCGUUUCAAUGUCCCUGCAAUUCCUACUUUAUUUAAAUGGACAGCUGCUGGUCCUGGCGAUAAGUUGGUCGAAGAAGAAUGUGCAGAUGAUGAUAAAUUAUAUAAGUUUGUAUCCGUUUGA